AUGGCGUCGAGCAGAAGCUCCGCUGAGCUUCAGUCUCACAGAGCAGACGUCCAGCUGCUGUUGGUGAGAAAAGAAGAGGUUCCUUCUGAGCAGCAGGAGAGGAGCUCGAGUCUGGACCAGGACCAGGAGCAGCCAGAGCCCGUACACAUUAAAGAGGAACAGGAGGAGCUCUGGAGCAGUCAGGAGGGAGAGCAGCUUCAAGGGCUCACAUUCACUCCUGUCCCUGUGAAGAUUGAAGAAGAUGAAGAGAAACCUCAGUCCUCACAGCCUCAUCAAACACAAACUGAACAGAUAGAAACAGAAGCUGAUGGAGAGGACUGUGAAGGACCAGGACCAGACAGGAGCUCAGAUCCACAUUUACAACCUGUUAGUGAAGACCAGACCGGAGACUCUUCUGAAGCUGAGACUGAUGACAGUGCUGAUUGGAAGGGAACCAGAGAAUCUCAGUCAGGUUUAAACUCUCUGAACAAUAAAGUUUCUGUCAGUGAUUUGAGUUGUUCUGUUGCAGAGAAACCAUUUAGCUGCUCUGAAUGUGGGAAAAGUUUUGGUCGCAAGGCACAUCUGAAGAGACACUUGAGAUCUCAUACAGGAGAGAAACCUUUCAGCUGCUCAGUUUGCAAAAAAUCUUUCACACAGAGUGGAGGGUUACAGUUGCAUAUGAGAAUCCACACAGGAGAGAAACCGUUUAGUUGCUCUGUUUGUAAGAAAUAUUUUGCACAGGGUGGAAGUUUACUCACACAUAUGAGAAUCCACACAGGAGAGAAACCAUUCAUCUGCUCAUUUUGUGAUAAAUCUUUUGCACGGAGUGGAAAUUUGCAGAAACACAUGAGGAUUCACACAGGAGAGAAACCAUUCAGCUGCUCAGAGUGUGAGAAAAGCUUUUCAUCUAAGACACACCUAAAGAGACACAUGAUAACUCACACAGGAGACAAACCCUUUAGUUGUUUGUUUUGCACUAAAAUGUUUGCAAACAGAACAAACCUGUCGUACCACAUGACGGUCCACACAGGGGAGAAACGUUUUGGGUGUAGUGUUUGUCACAAAAAAUUUGCCUGGCAUCUUCAGGUCAAAACACAUAAGUGUGUCGGCCAUCAUCAGGAGGGAGAGCAGCUUCAAGGGCUCACUCUCACUCCUGUCUCUGUGGAGGGUGAAGAAGAUGAGGAGAAACCUCAGUCCUCACAGCUUCAUCAAACACAAACUGAACAGAUAGAAACAGAAGCUGAUGGAGAGGACAGUGGCGGACCAGAAAAAGACAGGACCUCUCAUCCAGAUCCACAUUUACAACCUGGUACUGGAGACAUUUCUGAACCUGAGACUGAUGACAGUAGUGAUUGAAUAAAGUCCCAGGAAGUGAUUCUAGAUGAAGUACUUGUGAAAAAGUGUUUUCUGCUGAGUGUAACUCCAGUGGAGUUUAAUUUUAUUUAUAUCAAUCAAAAUCUAAAAUUUGCCUCUGCUUGUGUGAAAUUGUUUUAUGGUAGUUAUUAUGAUUAUGUGACAACAUAUUAUUCAGACUUGUCAUAUUAAAGGUUGACUAGAAAUGUUACCAUGUGGUUGCUGCUUCUCCUUUUCUUCUGCAGUUCCUUCAGUUUUCUGCCUGUUUGGACUCAUUAUUAUUUGGAAAGGUU